AUGACGGAACAGCCAACAAAACAAAAGCUCUGGGGAGGGCGUUUCACUGGAAAGACCGAUCCUCUUAUGCAUGCUUUCAACCAGUCUUUGUCGUACGACCGCCGAAUGCAUUCGGCCGACAUCCGUGGGUCCAUCGCAUAUGCUAAAUCUUUGACAAAAGUUGGCAUCCUUACAUUUGAGGAGGAAAAAAAGAUCACGGAGGGUUUGACGGCUGUUGGGAAGGAAUGGGAGACCGGGACGUUUGAGAUUCAACCUGACGAUGAGGAUAUCCAUACCGCCAACGAACGUCGCCUGAGCGAGCUCAUCGGGCCACUGGGUGGCAAACUGCACACUGGCCGUUCUCGAAACGACCAAGUUGCCACAGAUAUGCGCAUCUGGCUUCUGGAUGAGGUGAAGGAGGUUGAAGAUGCAUUGAGAGCACUGAUCCGAGUUAUGGUCGAGCGUGCGGAUAAGGAGGUGGACUAUCUCAUGCCCGGUUACACUCAUUUGCAGCGCGGACAACCUAUACGGUGGUCGCAUCUCCUCCUUUCCCAUGCGUUCUCCUUCAGCGCCGAUCUUGACCGUCUUCGCCAAUCUAUUCCUCGCAUCGCUGUGCUUCCUCUGGGGUCGGGAGCUCUGGCAGGAAACCCUUUCUGUGUCGACCGUGAAUAUCUUGCGAAGGAACUGGGCUUCCAGUCUGUGGCAGAGAAUAGUUUGUAUGGGGUUGGUGACCGCGACUUCAUCAUCGAAUUCCUCAUGUGGUCCAGCUUGAUGAUGACCCAUAUGAGUCGCAUGGCGGAAGACUUGAUCAUCUACUCUACCGCUGAGUUCGGAUUCGUUACCUUGAGCGAUGCCUAUAGCACGGGAUCAAGCAUGAUGCCACAAAAGAAGAAUCCCGACUCUCUUGAGCUGUUGAGAGGCAAGUCAGGUCGUGUGUUCGGCAACGCUGCGGGUUUCUUGAUGAGCUACAAGGGUCUGCCCUCGACAUACAACAAGGAUCUCCAGGAAGAUAAAGAGCCUUUGUUUGAUGCCGUCGACACCGUGUCCGCUUGCUUGCGCAUAGCUGAGGGUGUUUUGGCUACCUUGGAGGUCCACCCAGACAGGAUGAGGCAGGCAUUGACCAUGGACGUGCUCGCGACCGACCUUGCCGAUUAUCUCGUGCGCAAAGGGAUGCCUUUCCGUGAAACCCAUCACGUCUCCGGACGCGCCGUCGCUCUCGCAGAAUCUCGCAAGUGCCAGUUGAACGAUCUGAGCAUUCAGGACUAUAAAGGCCUAUGCGAGAAGUUCGACGACGACGUCCAUACUGUGUUUGACUUUGAGGCGAGUGUGGAAAGGAGGCAAGCUAUCGGUGGCCCUAGCCGCAUCAUGAUCGCGCGACAGGUCUCCGUCCUGCGCGACAUACUCUCCAAACAGUAGAUACCUGAACCUGUACUCGAUGGGCGCAAAAGCCAGAUGUAUGUGCUUGUAGGACAAACCAGAGAAGUUAUUUCGCUUGAA